AAUAAACACGAGGAAUUAAUCACCGUUCCUUUAAACAAACAAACACACCAGUAAUUCCCUCUAGUUUUCUUGGGAAUAUGACUGAUCAUUAUGAUUAUAAUCGGUUUUAUUCAUUGUUUAAUAUUCUCUACUGCUUUUUAUGCAUUGAAUUCAUUCAAACAAUUGAUCGGACAGAAUUAAAUGAGCUUAAUAUAUAUGAUCCAAUGAAAUGUCGUUCUGGGAAUUAUCGUGGCAAAGUGAAUAAAGCUUUUGAUGGAACAGAAUGUUUAGAUUGGUUGGAUCAUAAAUCAUUUUAUAAACCAUAUUGGUCUGAUGAUGAAGCAAGAAAACAUAAAAAUUUUUGUCGUAAUCCAGGAAAUGAUUCAUCUGGCCCAUGGUGUGUCGUUGGUAUAGGAAGAUUUAAGUACUGUGAUGUACCAAGAUGUGCUGAACAUAUUGGCUGUUAUGAAGGCAAUGGAGCAGAUUAUAGUGGAAAUCAGGAUCAAACAUCUGAUGGACAGCCUUGUUCAAAAUGGCGGGUUAGUAAUUCACGUAAAGAUGUUGGCACAUUUUUCCGUUAUCGUCUACAAUAUAAUGAGACAACUAGUAAACUAUUGAGUAUCUCCGAUUCUGAACUUGAAAAUUUUCGUUCAUGUCGAAAUCCAGGUGGUGUAAAAUCACAACCAUGGUGCUAUCCAGUUAAAGUUCGUGGUGUAUCUUCCGGAAUACAAUAUUGUGACAUACCAAAAUGUUCUGAUGCAGGCAUACUUGGUUAUCCAAUAUUUAUUAAUGGUAGUCAGUGUAUGCCAAAUUUUAUUCCACAAAAACAAUUUGUUAAAUUGGAGUCUUCUGCUGUUGUCGUAGUUGAUUACUGUGUGGCUCCACAUGGAUUUAUUUAUCAACGGCAUCGUAACUCGAAUUAUAAUAAAUUCAAACAAUUCUGUUUAUUUCUUGUUGGUAAAACAAUCUAUUGUCCAGCGGGUUUCAUACGCACUCGACGAUUUCAACCGAGUUUGGAAUUUAUUGGUCAUCUUUCUGGUCCAACAGCAUGGCGACCAACAUUUGAUAAUAUUUUACAAAUCAUCACUUGCUGUGUACAACCUGAAUUUUGGACAAAUUCUACGCAAACUCCACAUAUAUCUAUUGAAAAAGUUUCACAAUAUAAAGCAGACUACAGCACUAGUUCCAGCAUCAACAAUGGUGGUACAGAGGUUCGAGAACAACGUACUAUGGACACCACUGUAGCAUCAUCACAUAAUAAUGAAGAUGAAGAUUGGUAUUAUUCAAAACCACGACGAAGAAUAACGGUCAGUGAUUUCUUUCCAUUACGUCGUCGUAAGUGGAUAGCAAGAUGGAAACGUUCUAUUCCUGAAAGCUAUUCAAAUAAUACUAUUGCGUCAGAAAUAACAAACUCUGAUUCUUCAUUUCCUUCUUCCUCCUCCUCGCCAUUGUCAUCUGUAAUAUCACUGUACACUCCAGAAACUUCUACUUCACAGUCUACAAUCUUAGAUCCCCCGUUAUUUGUUUCAAUCUAUCAAUGUCCACCAGUUAAAGGAACAAACCGACUUGUUGCACCUUUGUUUCGCAACGUUCUUCCUGAUGAAACACUUAGUGAUGUAUUACAGAAUUUAUUUCCUGAAAUAAGUUGUGAAUAUCGAGAAGCGAAAUCCGAACAUGUGCCGGAAGCUGAAACUCGAAUCAGCCGAAUAGCUUUUCUAGUAACUGAGCCAACAUGUCCAGUUGGUUUUGUCAAAACACAAAUAUCUCGACGUGUUGUAUUCAUUCUCGGAACAAGUAUCAGUUUAUGCUGGUCAGCUUCAAAUCAUUUGAAAUUAGAUGCUACAUCAAUUAGAAAUCAAUUACCCAUUGGAAAUUACUGUUUUGUAACUGAUCAUUCAUUGGAUAAUGGAAAUUCGAAUUUCUUACAAGAUACUGACAUGGAUAAACGUUACAAUUAUGAAUGUCCACAAGGUUUGCGGAAAAAUGAAAUCAAUUUUGUACAAGUUGGUUAUCGUUUAAAAUUGUGUUGUUCUGUGCAUUCACCGACAAAUGUUACUGAUUAUGAAGAUGAAACUACAUUAGAUAAAACAAACUAUCAAGCACCACUAGGAAUUACAUCACCGUUUGCUAUACUACAAAAUGGUCCAAUAUGUCCAACAUUCUAUUCAGGCAAUGUUAAAUUAACAGUAGUACAAUACAAUCGUCCGAUACCUCGUCCAUAUGGCGAUCAAAUUGAAUUAAUCGGACCAGAUAAUCCAGUCAAAUUAGAUGGAAUACCAAGCGUAAUCAUUUGUCAGUAUCUAAAUCAAGAAAUUAAAUUGGGCGUUAAAUCGCUUCGUUACGAUUGCGAUGGUUUAGGACAUCGAGAAGUUAUGAGCUACGGUGGAGCUACUUGUGGAUUUGAAGCAAAUUCUACCAUAGAUUUCCCACCUGGGAAAUAUUGUUUCUUACAACUAUCCUCUACAUGUCCUACAGGAUUUACAUCAAGAAGUGGUGUAGAUCGACUUGGUUUCAAUGUACAAGGUCUUGUUAGUACGUGCUGUCGUACUGAAGAAUCGAUUGGAGCAAUUAAAUUGCCCAUUAGUCUAGAAGCUCCAUUUAAGCUACCUGCAGUUUAUCAACCAUGUCAAGCAAUAGAAAAUUUCAAUGUUGAUGCUGAAUUACAUCAAUGUAUUUACUAUCCAAAAGGAAAUAGAACACAUACAAUGUUGGUAUGGCCACGCGUUAUUAUCAAUUUGAAUGAAAGUAUGGAAGGGAGUGAUAAUAAUAAGACUUCUGUUCCAAAGUAUUGUUCAAAGUUACCAGGAAAAAGAGUUGGAUUUAGAAGAAGUCAAUUGGGUCGUUUAUCUGCAUUGUUCUUUAAUAUAGUGCAAGAUCAUUGGUUAACGUACAAAAGACCACGUUGGACAACACGUACAGGUGACACAAAUGAAAUAUGCUUCAAUGAAUUAAACUUAGAAAAUGUUCCCACAUUAAUUCAUCCUUCAACUGGAUAUUGUAUUUCGGUGUUUGGCAGUUGUCCAUAUAAAUUCUUUAGAGAGUUUGGAGCUGCACCAUAUAUGAAUACGGUUAUUUGUUGCCUUAUAAAGGAUUAUACUCCAGAAGUAGGUAAAAUAAAUCAGACAUCAUCAAUGAUAACGUCUUCGAACACACCAACAAUUCGUUCAUUCGUCACAUUGGGUUGGCCAACAAAAGACGACAAGAAGGAAUUGAAAAAUUUCAUCGGUACCAAAGUGUUAACUACGUAUGAACAAAUUAAUUCACAAAAACACAUAAAGGAUUCCAAUUACUGUCCUCAGUUUCGUGAGAUACAAUUAAAACGACGUGUUGUUGAAAGUAUGUACAUACCAGAAAAUAUCUCAUCAUCAUCACGUUUACAAAAUAAACAAUUGUUUGGACAGUACAAAUAUUUACUUACAUUAUUUAAUGUUUCAAAAUGGAAUGCUCCUCAAUUCGAAAUGCAAACUGGUAUAUGGUUAGAAAAUGAUAUUGUACAUAUGAUAUAUUGUGAAUAUGGUACAGGCAAAGCAUUUGGUGCAGAUAACAAUCGUAAUUGGCCUGUAUCAAACUAUGCCAUACCAAAAUCAUUGAAUGAUUGUCCAAAAGGUUCAGUAAAAGCAACGAUGAGACAUCAACAAGACAGAUAUGGAUUUCAUUAUUCCCAACCAAUUCAUUUGGAUGGAGUUUAUUUUAGGCGUAAAAAAGAUGUACUGUUGGACUAUUGUGUAUUUACUGACGACCAAUCUGCUCAUCAUACAGGAAACUAUGGAGGUGAAGAAUCUCUUCCAGCUGGUCAUUAUUGUGUACUACGCGUCAAUGGUAAUUGUCCAGCAGAUUUCAGCGAGGGAUUGUUAAGUAUACUUGAAGGACCAGAAAAGCUGACUCGUUCUAAAGAUACCUCAGAUUCACAUAUAAAUUCAAAUAUAGAUUUGCUCCGGCAAACAACAACGUCUACACCAGAUAUUAUUCGUACAAAAGCAUAUAUAAAGGAAAGUACAUCAAAAAUUGAUCGAUUAAAUUAUCAUUUCUGUUGUCGAACUGAUUCCCCAAGUGUUGAUAGUCCUGUUGAUGGUUUUCCUGCUGAAACUGGACCAUUUUAUUUAUACAGGGUCGGAGAUAAAUGCCAACAAAUCACUGGAAUGCAUGUUACCGAAGAAUAUAUUUGUGUAGAUGCACCGAGUCGAGGUGAUCCAAACUGGUGGUCAAUCGGUCAGAAUCAUACUUGGUUACCGUAUAAUGUGAAAGGUUUAACACCUGCACGUGUACCAUAUCAUGAUUUUUGUGAUGUUGAGAUCAAUAUGUGCUAUUAUGAACAGGCUCCCACUGUUUCAGAAAAUGAAGAGACAGAAAGUUAUUAUUUUCAAAGUGAAUGGCCAUCAGGUCAAUAUGCUUUGCCAAAUGUACAUAGAAAUGAUUUAGAUAAAGCAUGUCCACCUGGAUUUACACAACAUUAUUAUUCAUUAAUUAAUAAUCAAGCUGCAUUCUUUGAAUUAGAAAUUAUGCCAAUGAGUUUAGGUCCUUAUUUUUUAGAAUUAAUGGGACAUAAUUAUAGUGCAUUAAAUGUACAUUAUUGUGCAAGAAAUAAUCCAAAUGUAACUACUACUGAUGAACUGCCGAUCAAUGAAACAGAUGAAACAAAUCAUGAAGAAGAAGAAGAAUCAGUUAAUUCUUCUUCUUCUUCUUCUUCUUCAACAACAACAACAACAACAACAACCACAUUAUUAGAUGACAAAAGAAUUCUUGAAUCUCAAUGGCCUAAAGGUGAUUAUUGUGUGAUCUCGACAGCUGAAAAUCAUCAAUGUCCACCAGGUCUUCAUAGACAUGCUCGAGCAUUCUCUGAACUUUGCUGUCGAACUGAUAAUAUUAAAGAUCCCAAACCUGUGAAUUGGCCAUUUAUUGAAGAUUUCUUUUUAUUCGGUGGUGAAAAGUGUUUACCGAUAAAAGAUACUCAUGUGGAACGUUAUCUUGUACGAUUAGUUUCCGGUUCAGAAGGUAAACAUGAACCACAAUGGGAUGUUCUAUGUCAUUAUUUACCGAUUUCAUGGAUGAACGACACUGUUGAAUGGCCAGAUGGUGAAUAUAUGCUUCCUAUAGGAAGACGUAGUGGUUUACGUACAUCGUAUAUGACAACAGUUGUUGCAGAUAAUGAGCAAGAUGCAACAACAACGUCAUCUGACAAUGUACAUGAUGGUAGAAAUAUUCUCAGUGGCAGUAAAUAUCAAUGUCCAGAAACAUUUGAACGUAAACGAUUUAUAUUUACAAGCAGUGAGACUGAACAGCAGUUAAUGAGUAAUCCAAACACCAAUACAGAGACUAUAUUCAAUGUAACUGCCCACGUUACCAUGGAAUUUUGCGUGCAUAUUAAUGCACAGAGUCGAAGUAAAAAAAACUCUUCAACAUGGCCUGCUGGUGACUACUGUGUAUUUACAAUGAACAAAAAUUGUCCAGUUGAAAUGAAAGCUUCCAAAGAAUUUCCAUUGAAAAUUCCACGUUUCAUCUUAAAAAGUAUUCAUUCUGUAUCAUCAGAUGGUGAAAUAAUUUCCAAUAGUCACUGGCAUGAAGAUGUUGAAAAUCAUGUUGUCUAUUUUAUGCAAUGUUGUCGUGAAGAUAAAAAUCUACUUCUACGUGUACCACCAUCAAAAGAUGGUUUUUAUCUAGCUAGUAGUUCCGGUCUAUGUUCAAGUGUACCAGGGACUGUAUUGGAUCGAGAGAAAAUUACUACUUAUCUGACAUCGCCCAUGCAUGUUAAUAAUAACAUGAAUAAUAAUAAUCGUAAAUCAGCUAUGUUAAGUGAAAAAGAUAUGUUAUUAUAUCGUGAGGCGAUUGCCCAACGUGAAGGUCUACUCUAUCUAUGCUAUUAUCAUCCAGCCCGAGGAAUUGAUUAUACUACAUCAAUACUCGGUACACGUUAUUCUAUAGGUCAAAAUAUUUCUGAAAAGGAUUUCGAUGAAAUAGCAAAACUAUGUGGAUGUGCAACGAAUGCAUUUUGUCUAUUAAAUAAACAAGCUGAAUGUAUUUGUAAACCAGGUUAUUUUGGUGAUGGACGUUAUGCAUGUGAACCAAUUACUCCAUUAACAGAUGAAUGUGCUGAUUUAUGUGAUCCAUCAGCUGUUUGCGCUGAACAUUUAGGUGUUAGUCUAAAGAAAAAACAGUUACUCAGUCAUAUGUGUAUCUGUCGUCCAGGAUUUGUUGGGGAUGGUUUCUCAUGUAAAUCAGAUUGUGUUGCACGGGAAUGUCAACCAUUCAGUCGGUGUAUACAUAAUAUCCCAAGAGGUAUCACUGAAUGUGUUUGUAUUGAAGGGACAAUACUUUCUGGUGCACGUUGUCACUUGGAUGUAUAUAAAACAUUAGAGCAGGAGAAAGAUUUACCGCAAUUUAUUGUAGAUCAUGAUCACUGUCUUUCAACAGAAACCCAAUUAGCUUUAAGAACAUUGAAUCCACCAAAAUACUUUUAUAUAUUUGUUCCAUCUAAUAUAAUUCGAAGCUGUAAAGACGUUAAAGAGCACAUAGUUGUACGAUCAAAACCUCUGACCAUAAAUGAACUGAACCAUGCUACUAUUCAAUCACCGAUUAAGUUAAUUACUGAAAAUAAUACUGUGAUUGAAGUUUAUCCCAUGAAUGGUACAUUCACAAUCGAUGGUCAUCUUGCCCAGUUUGAUACUGUAAAAUUUGUCAAUGGUGAAUUGUAUUAUUUAUCUGGUCCACUGAAACGUACAGAGUAUAUUGACAAGUCAAACAAUUAUACUAUCGCAGUGAUAACCAUAUCCAUUUUAAUUAUAUGUGGAUUAGCUUCAUUGAUUUUAUAUAAAGGAAUACAAUGGUAUAAAAUUACAAGUAUGAGGCAAUUUCAUCGUCUUCCUAGACAAGUUUUUGUACAUCGAGCAUUUUGGAAACAACAAACUGAUGACGUCCUUGUAGAAGAAACUGAAGAUCACGCCAGUUCGUAGAAAUUUGAACAGUUACACGAGGAAUAAUUAAUUUACUACUGACAGAUAUAACAACUACUACUAUAUAAAGUCAAUGACAACAACAAUGUUCAGUUUUCCGAUAACGUCUAAACAUAUUUUUCAGUUGUUUUCUAUGUUUCACCUCAAAUUAUUACUGUAUGAAUUUUUUUUCUAUUUUGUUCUAAUGAAUCCAUUUCAGAUGGUGUUCAGAUUUAAAAAUUUGCCAACUGACUAAAUUUGAAAUAAUAUACCAGUGACUGAAAAUAAAUUUUAAAUUCUAA